GCGGCUCACUACGGGCGCUGAAUUGAAGCAGUCAUCCUCGGAUAGGAUCUAACCCUGCAAUUCCUGUUUCUGUCCAUGACCAGGAGUUUGCGGGGAGAUCCCCGGGAGUGUGCGGAUAUGAAGCUGAGAUUGUACCGUAAUACUCGAUCAAGUUAAUGCUUGCGUGGGAAAUGUGCUGCCGCUCCGGUCCCCCUACCCCCCUUUAAAUAUGCUAAAUAUACUAACCCUCCUUUACCAUUUUGUUAGCCAUGGGCUCGGGAAUCCUAUUCUCGUACCCACAGCUCGCUACUCUGGCAGGUCUGCAGGGCGUUCUGGUGUAUGCCAUUUCGUCGGCUGUCCCGCUGCUGAUUUUCGCGGCGCUCGCGCCAAUUAUCCGCAGGAAGUGUCCGGAAGGAUUUGUCCUGACGGAGUGGACGAGGCAGCGGUAUGGCGUUGUGACGGCGCUCUACUUGGGCGCUCUGACGCUACUUACACUGUUUCUGUAUAUGGUUGCGGAGCUGUCUGCUAUCGGCCAGGUCAUCGAGGCUUUGACUGGGCUGAAUGGCCUCCCGGUUGUUAUUGUUGAAUGUGUCGUUACUACUAUCUAUACUUCCCUCGGAGGCUUCAAGAUCUCUUUCGUCACGGACAACGUCCAGGGCGCCAUGAUCUGCGCCCUGAUCAUCAUAGCCACGAUCACCAUCGGCGUCAAAAUAGAUAUCAAGCCGGAGCUAAUAGCCGAUUCUGGACUGCUUAACGCGAGUCUCGUAGGCUGGCAGUUGAUUUACAUCCUACCCGUCGCCAUCUUGACUAACGACUUCUUCUUGGCGAACUACUGGCUACGCGCCUUCGCCUCCAAGACCGACAAGGACCUCUGGAUAGGUGUAUCGGUGGCCAUGGUCGUUAUUCUGAUCGUCUUGACGCUAGUCGGGUGUACUGGUUUAAUUGCCGUGUGGUCAGGCGCAUUUGAGCCCGACGGCGAUGGAUCCGUGGCUUUCUUCCUGCUGCUGGAGCAACUACCCAACUGGGUCGUGGGUAUCGUCAUCGUCAUGUCGGUGUGCCUGAGUACUGCAGCAUUCGAUAGCUUACAGUCUGCCAUGGUAUCCUCCGCUUCCAACGAUAUCUUCCGCAACCGUCUGAAUAUUUGGUGGAUCCGAGGCGCGGUGGUUCUGGUUAUUUUCCCGGUAGUAGUCCUUGCAUUGAAGGCGCCAAGCAUUCUGCAGAUCUACUUAAUCUCUGACCUCCUAUCCGCCGCUACCAUUCCUGUCCUCAUACUCGGACUAUCGGAGCGCUUCUACUGGUGGCGGGGUUUUGAGGUAUUAAUCGGCGGUCUUGGGGGGAUACUAACAGUCUUUAUCUUCGGCACUAUCUACUACGGCGACGCCAAGUUGGGCGGCGAGCUCAUUCUUCUAGAGCAAGGAUUGUACACCGGGGACUGGGGUGCGUUUGGAGCCUUCGUUGCUGCGCCGGUCGGUGGUUUGCUCUGGGGAUUCGGCGCGCUGGGAGUAAGACUGGGUGUCCAGUACGUGCUAUCCAGGGUACGAGGUACCCGAUUCGAUGCGCUUGACUACCCUACUAUAGUGCCGCAGGAGGAUUCCGAUGCCUUGGCCGGGUCGAGUGAAGAUACUACGACUACCAAGAUCACUGGCAAGUUUUUCUAGGCUGGGUUCUACUGUAAUGUGAGAUAGAACGAAGUACCACUUUUGUGCGGUGUUCGAUAUAAGACGGAGAUUCAGAAUCAAGAGCAUAUAAUAGGUAGAUUGUCGUUUUGGCGGUUGAGGCCAACCUUUAUUUUAUUUUUUCCCCUAAGGGCUGUUUUAUGUCAGAA